UAACUGUAUAUCUGCUUUGUUUAGAGAAUUUUAAGUAUAGUAAAUACAAUUGUGGAAAAUAUGGCAUGUGAAAUCCCUAGUAUAUCAGACAAUGUUGUGAAGCAUUUGUUAAAACUGUAUUCUAACAGAAACGUGGAAUCAAUGCUACAUCAUCUUUCUUCUGCUCCAAAAAUUACAACAAUCCGUGCCAAUACUUCUCUUAUAUCAAGUCAGGGCGCUUGUGCCAAACUGGAAGAGUAUCUUAAGAGCCUUCAAACCGAUUCCGAAUACGUUGUAUCUGUCCACCCUGUUCUAAAAGACAUUUUACUAGUUGUGAGCACAUCCGCACAAAAAGAACUGAAACACCAUGAAAAGCAUGUUAUUGUUGAUACCAGUUGUGGAGCAGCCAUAUUACGUGGUUCAGAUGUGUUUGCACCAGGUGUUUUAGCAGCUUCUGGAGAUUUGCAAAAAGGAGACAAUGUAUCCGUGUAUGCAGACCUGGAAAAACAACAUCGGAAAGGCGACAAACAUUUUAAUUUGUUUAAACCGAAAUAUUUUGUUGGCAAUGGUAUCGCUUUAUAUGACAGGAAGUGUCUAUUCUCACAAAACGAAGCCAUGAGUGGAGUAGCCAUUAGCAUGACUGCUUCCAAAAACCAGCUGCCAAGUUUCGCAAACCUACCAUCAUCACUUUUCUUUCCACAGAAUUUUCCGUCUGUUGUGGUUAGUUAUGUUCUAAACGCCGAGAAAAAUGAUGUUAUUCUGGACAUGUGUGCUGCACCAGGUGGAAAAACCACACAUAUUGCUACGCUUCUACAAAAUAAAGGUCAAGUAAUUGCUGUUGAUAAAACGUCAAAAAAGGUAGAGAAGAUAAAAGAGAUAUGUUAUAAGAUGCGACUAACCAAUGUUUCGGCUUUUUGUUAUGAUAGUACAAAAUUAGUGGACGAAACAAAAAACGCAGGUUCCUUAAAAGAGCCGCCGUUUUCACCCAAUUCAUUUGAUAAAAUACUUCUUGAUCCACCCUGCAGUGGUCUGGGUCAAAGACCACAGUUACGCUACGUGAUAAGCGAAAAGGAACUUAACUCGUACCCAGUUUACCAAAAAAAACUAAUUAAGCAGGCUGUGCAACUACUUAAACCUGGAGGCUGUCUCGUUUAUUCGACAUGUACAUUAUUACCUCAAGAAAAUGAGGAGCAAGUGGCCUGGACUCUAAAGACAUUUCCAGAGUUAAAGCUUGUUAAACAGUCUCCGUGCUUUGGAAACCCUGGGUUAAGCAAUUUUGGUUUGGAUGAAAGAGAUUGUGAGAGGGUACAGAGAUUUGAUCAUAUUUAUACAAAUGCAACACAUUCUUUAGAAGUGCCUACUGGCGAAUAUGCUACACAAUGUCAUGCAGAUACGAUAGGAUUUUUUAUUGUAAAGUAUGUAAAAAACGUGACGUGA